AUGCCUUCCUCCGUCACAGGAACGAGAUAUUUCACCCCUCCCCGAUCCAUUGACGAGACCUUGAACAGUCCUCUUGGCCCAAACGGUGUCCAGAUGGGUGGGGGUCAGGAUGAGCGGUCUCCGGAGACUGCGAAAGAUGUCAAGGAAUCGUAUCCGAAGCAAGAGAAGGAAGCCGCGGCCAAGAAGGAACAACCCAAGCAAGGAAUCACCUUCGCGGGCCAAGACAAACUCCCUAAGCUGCCCAUACCCGACCUGGAGUCGACCAUGAAGAAGUAUCUCGAAGCCUUAGCCCCUUUGCAAAAUAGCCAUGAGCACAACGAGACCAAGGCCGCAGUCCGAGACUUCCUCGAGAACGACGGCAAGGACUUACAAGAACGAUUGAAGAAGUAUGCCACAGGCAGGACGAGUUACAUUGAGCAGUUCUGGUACGACUCGUACCUCAACUAUGACAAUCCAGUCGUCUUGAACUUGAAUCCAUUCUUUCUCUUGGAGGAUGACCCCACACCGGCACGAAACAAUCAAGUCACCAGAGCGGCCUCGUUGGUGAUCUCUGCGCUUUGCUUCGUCAGAGCGGUCAGAAAAGAAGAACUUCCUCCCGAUACACUGAGAGGCGCUCCGCUAGACAUGUACCAAUACUCGCGGUUGUUUGGAACGGCACGAGUCCCGACGGAGAACGGGUGUAUCAUUGGCCAGGAUUCCGACUCCAAACACGUGGUGGUUAUGUGCCGUGGCCAAUUCUAUUGGUUCGACGUCCUUGACCGGAACAAUGACCUGAUCAUGACUGAGAAAGAUCUGGCCAUCAAUUUGCAGGUCAUCGUUGAUGAUGCAGACCAGACCCCAAUCCAAGAAGCUGCCAAAGGGGCGAUCGGCGUGCUCAGCACCGAGAACAGAAAGAUUUGGUCCGGCUUAAGAGAUCUUCUCACGAGGGAGGAAGGCUCCAACAAUGCCGAAUGUCUUGGGAUUGUCGACUCUGCCUUGUUCAUGGUGUGCCUAGACUAUACCGAGCCCUCGGACGUUUCUCAUCUGUGCGGAAACAUGCUCUGUGGCACCAACGAAGUAGUACGGGGGGUUCAAGUCGGAACCUGCACCAACAGAUGGUACGACAAGCUGCAAAUCAUUGUCUGCAAGAAUGGCAGUGCCGGAAUCAACUUCGAACACACCGGCGUGGAUGGUCACACUGUGCUUCGGUUUGCCAGCGAUGUCUAUACCGACACCAUUUUGAGAUUUGCCAAAUCCAUCAAUGGGCAGGCGCCGACAUUAUGGACCAGUCAAAGUCCUGACCCUUCGAAACGAGAUCCGGAGAGCUUUGGCGAUGUCAGUACCACUCCUCACAAGCUCGAAUGGGAUAUGACUCCUGAGUUGCAAACCGCCCUCCGGUUUGCCGAAACACGCCUGGCGGACUUGAUCAAUCAAAAUGAGUUCCAAACUUUAGACUUCACGGGCUAUGGCAAGAACGUCAUAACAUCAAUGGGCUUCUCUCCGGAUGCCUUCGUCCAAAUGGCAUUCCAGGCUGCAUACUACGGACUGUAUGGCCGUCUUGAAAAUACAUACGAGCCGGCCAUGACCAAGAUGUUUUUCCACGGUCGAACGGAAGCGAUUCGGACCGUGACGCCGGAAUGCGUCGACUUUGUCAAGACAUUCUGGACAGACACUUCGGCGCAAAGGAAGGUCGAUGCACUGAAGGCCGCCACGCAGAAACAUACUGCCGUCACCAAAGAGUCCAGCAAGGCACAAGGCCAAGAUCGUCACCUGUAUGCUCUGUACUGCGUGUGGCAGCGCAAGGUCAAUGACGAAGGAGCAGAAGCGGCUAGCACGACCGGCUUCAGUUCGAACGGGUAUUCGAGUCCCACUGACGUAAGUGAUGCGGGUAGUCCCAAGAGACUGGAAGAAUCUUCAUCGCCCAUCAGUCGUUCUCGCGCGGGGACAGACUCUAGCCGUUCUCCGGCACCUGCUCUGCACCAUAUGCCUGCCCUGUUCAGCGAUCCUGGCUGGGAGAAGAUUAACAACACGAUCCUCAGUACGUCUAAUUGCGGUAACCCGUCACUACGCCAUUUCGGCUUCGGCCCUGUUUCUGGAGAUGGUUUCGGCAUUGGAUACAUCAUCAAAGACGACUCCAUUUCAGUUUGUGCCAGCAGCAAGCACCGACAGACCCGCCGAUUUGUGGACAGCCUAGAAUCUUACCUGCAUGAAAUUCGUAGACUGUUGAAGGCCACCAAAUCUAAAGAUGCGGCAGCGGCGAAAAUCACCCGCGCUCGGGAGGUGGAGGAGAAGGCAGGCAAAGAUGGCAGACUCAAAUCCCGAGGUCGCGUCAUCAAGGCCGAAGCCGCGAAGAUGGAUGGAUUUCAGACUCCCACCAGUAUGGAUACGGCCGAGGUGGAAGAUGAUAGUUUGGGAGGAUACGGUUUCUUCGACGCUGGUAUGCUAUUGCAAGCCCUCAAAAAGGAUCAACCAAAACCAUCCGAACAAAUCGUACAAAAGAGGAGGACGGUGGGCAAAAAACUCGCGUUGACGGAGUACUGA